ACCGUUUCUGCAAAGAACCAACCCACAAACCCAAAAAAUCCUAAAAAUGGCAUUCAAAUUCGUCUUCGCCCUCGCCUUCGUCGCCGUGGCCAGCGCUGGUUACGCUCCCAUCGCCGCCCCCCAGGUGUACCAUGCCGCUCCAGCAGUGGCCACCUACGCCCACGCCCCCGUGGCCGUCGCCCAGAAGGUCGUGGUCAAGGCCGCCGAGGAGUACGAUCCCCAUCCCCAGUACCGUUUCUCCUACGGAGUCGAUGACAAGCUGACCGGCGACAACAAGGGACAGGUUGAGGAGCGCGACGGAGACGUGGUCCGCGGAGAGUACUCGCUGAUCGACGCCGAUGGCUACAAGAGGACCGUCCAGUACACCGCCGACCCCAUCAACGGAUUCAACGCCGUGGUCAACCGUGAGCCCCUCGUCAAGGCCGUCGCCGUUGCCCCAGUUGUUAAGACCGUCGCCGCUCCCGUUGCCCACUACGCCGCCCCCGCUGUCGCCCACUACGCCGCCCCUGUCGCCACCUAUGCUGCUCCCUCUGUGGCCCACUACGCCGCCCCAGCCGUUGUGAAGACCGUCGCUCCAGUGGCUCACUACGCCGCCCCUGCUGUGGUCAAGACCGUUGCCCCGGUUGCCCACUACGCUGCUCCCGCUGUGGUCAAGACCGUGGCUCCCGUGGCCCACUACGCCGCCCCAGCUGCUGCCUACACCUCGUACGCCGCCCCCGCUGUUGCCUACCACCACUAAGAACUGCCAUUCCCCAUUCCCCAGCCCUUUUUGUUAUAGUUUUACGAACGACCUCUAAAAAUAAA